AUGACCAGGAACACAAUGGACGAAAUUGAAAAACAAGCAUCACAAACGCCAGCCGCGGUGGAGGAGGCUGCUGGAACCGAGAAACCCGUGUUCCCCGAUGGCGAUGUUGCAGCAGGUCUUUUCGAGCAGGCAAUGCAAUAUGACCCCGAGCAGCUAGCAAACGAUGCCAUCAAAGUGCGCUGGAAGCUUGACCUCAUCGCCUUGCCUAUGAUGAUGUUUACGAAUAUGCUUGCAUUUCUGGAUAAGCAGACCCUCAACUACUCAAACGCCUAUGGUCUGCAAGCUGCAAACCAUAUGACCGGCAAUGAAUACGCCUGGGUUGCAUCGGCGAUGUACUUUGGCUGGCUCGUGGGCGCCUGGCCAGCAAGCCUCCUCGUCCAGCGCUACCCUAUAUCCAAGGUCGUUGGCCUCGCCGCCCUUGUAUGGGGUCUGAUCUGUAUGCUGCAGGCAGCUCCCCAUAGUUUCAGUGGCUUUUUCGCCGUCCGGUUCUUUCUCGGGUUUGUCGAGUCGGUUCUCAACCCGAGCUGGUUGCUGCUUACUUCGAUACUAUGGACGCGUGACGAGCAGCCGCUCCGGACGGAAUUCUGGAUUGCCAUGAACGGUAUGGCUGCGAUGCUGGGGGCGUUGCUCUCCUGGGGAGUCGGAACGGUUGAAGGGUCUGCGAUUCCUAAUUGGAAGUUGAUUUUCCUGCUUGUCGGCGCCGUGACUUUCCUGUGGGCCUUUGCCAUCCUGUUCUUUCUACCUGACGGACCGCACCAAGCCCGCAUCCUCACUGAACACGAGCGCGUCGUAGCCGUCUGGCGCAUCUCGAAGAACAGAACAGGCGUGCAGCAUGGCGUGUUCAAAUGGGACCAGUUGAGAGAAGCUGUGCGCGACCCAAAAUCGUACUUGCUGCUGGCCAUGGCCGCCACCUAUGGCAUGCUUAAUGGGGGAAUGACCAAUUUCAUGAGUUCACUCAUCAAGGGAUUCGGGUUCUCCUCGACCAUGUCCACAUUGUUGCAGAUGCCUGGGGGCGCGGUCCAGGUUGUUGGCUGUAUUAUGUUUGGUUAUAUCGCUGCGGCAGGUAGAAACAUGAAUGGUGUUGGCACUAUCCUGGGCUGUUUCCCUGGAAUAGGAGGCCUGAUCGGCCUGCUAGCCAUAUCGAGAAUACCAGCGCACAAGUAUAGCCUGGUGGGAUGUGCAUGGGCAUUGAACUGUCUCGGUGCCCCAACUGUAUUGAACUGGGGCUUACCAGGGAUGAACAUCGCAGGGCAUACCAAGCGCAGUACCAUGAUGGGCAUGUACUUUAUCUUCAACUGCGCUGGCAACAUUGCCGGUCCACACUUCUUCCGCGCCCAAGACGCGCCGCUCUACUUCCCUGCCAUCCGCGCCGUGCUCUCUUUAUAUGCGAUCGCCGUGUUCCUGCAGGUGGUUUACAUGGCGAUCUGCUUCCUGCAGAACAGGCACCGGGACAAGAAGGGAUACCAUGCGCAGGACGAGGACGAGGCCAGAGAAGGGUUUGAGGAUUUGACCGAUUGGCAGAAUAGGCAUUUCCGGUACAAGUUAUAG